AUGUGCAGCAGAUGCUCCGCCCGCGCCGACGACGGCGCGCGGUGCACGAGCCCCGAGCCCGACGCGGACGCGGCCCGCACCGCCGACGCCCAGGCCGCCUCGAGCGUCGCGGGCGCUGAGUGCGCGGCGACCAGCGGCGGCUCAGCAGCGGCGGCGGCGGCGGCGCCGCUGGCGCGGGCGUCCUGGUCAACGCCGCCGGCGGGCGGCGCAUCGUCGUUGACCGGCCAGAUCACCGAGCUCACGUCCGACCUGGGCGACUCGCAGGGUGCCUUUUUCGGCCCCGCGCCGCCGGCAGCGUCGCCGCUGACAGAGCUUACAGAGGGCGUCCGCAGCAGCGGGGUCACAUGA